AUGAAGCUCAACUUCCUCCUCGCCGCGGCCUUUGCCAUUCCCGCCCUGGCGACCACUACCACCACUACCACCACGGCUGUCGAGACUGGAUCCUCCACCCACACUGCCACCGGCUCCUCGUCGACCCGCCACACCAGCAGCUCCAAGGCAGCCGCCCCUACUCUGGGCGUCAACUUCAUCGGAGCCGGUAUUCUCGGCGGAGCGGCCCUCUUCGCCCUCUGA